AUGAUCGACUCAGCUGGUACCUCUGCGUCUGAGCUUUUGGACACCAUAGCCUCUGAAGCCUAUGUCGUUCAGGAGAAGCGCCUUGGGGAGCCCCGCGAUCUGCGAGUAAUCGCUAUCGGUGCUGGUGCGUCAGGAUUAAAUCUGGCCCGUCAGAUAGACCAGCACAUGAGCAACGUCAAUCUUACGAUCUAUGAGAAGAACCCAGAGGUUGGAGGCACCUGGUACGAAAACCGUUAUCCGGGUUGUGCUUGUGAUAUCCCGUCUCACAACUACCAAUUCACCUGGGAGGCCAAUCCAAACUGGACGACUUUUUACUCGAGAGCCCCGGAAAUUCUUCAAUACUUCCGUGACGUUGCCCGGAAGUACGAACUCUAUAGGUUCAUCAAGUUGAGUCACCAGGUCAUCGCUGCUGAGUGGGAUGAGGCACAAGGAAUCUGGAAAUUGAGCAUCAAGGAUCUGGUUUCAGGCAAGGUCUUCGAUGACUGGUGCCAUUUUUUGAUUUCUGCAUCGGGAAUCCUAAAGUCGAAUAGCAAUUGGAGGUGGCCUGACAUCCCUGGUCUGCACAGCUUCAAGGGCGAACUUGUUCACAGCGCUGCUUGGGACAAUAAUGUUGCCUGGAAAGGAAAAAAAGUCGCAGUCCUAGGCUGCGGAUCUUCUGGUGUUCAGAUCGUUCCUACUCUCCAACCUGAUGUGAAACAUCUCACAACUUUCAUUCGCUCCCCUACGUGGAUCACGGCCGGAUUUGCGCAAAACAAAGCGGGACCAGGCGGAUCAAACUUCAACUUUAGCGAGGAACAGAAGCGCAAGUUUAGAGAGGAGCCAGAGACUUACCUGAAGUACCGCAAGGAGGUUGAGCAAGAGCUGAACAACCGGUUCAAAUUUAUCCUGAAGGAUAGCCCCGAGCAGGCUGAGGCUGUUCGAUUUUCAAUCAAUGAGAUGAAGCGAAAGCUCGGCGAGGACUCUCCUUUGCUCCUGAAAAUGAUCCCAUCCUUCGCUGUUGGUUGUCGUAGGCCAACCCCCGGAAACGGAUACCUGGAGUCGCUGGGCAAAGAGAAUGUGCGGGUCGUGACUGACAGCAUCUCGGAAAUCGUGCCGGAGGGAAUCAAGUUAUCCACUGGCGAGGUUAUUGCCGUCGAUAUAUUCGUUUGUGCAACCGGAUUUGACAUUUCUUUCCGUCCGCGAUAUCCAUUCAAGGGGAUGAAUGGUAUUAGUCUCUCGCAACAGUGGAAGGAUCGCCCCAAUGGCUAUCUCUCAUUGGCGGUGCCCAACUUCCCUAACCAUUUCAUGUUCCUCGGCCCAAGCGCUCCAAUUGGUCAUGGAUCUGUGAUUCCGAUUGUCGAACAUUCAACUAAAUAUAUGCUUCGUAUGAUGCAUAAAUUCCAGACCCAGGACUACAAAUCUGUGGUUGUCACACAGGAAGCAGCUGAUGACUUCAAUAGACACAUUGAUGUGUUCAUGAAGCGAACUGCCUGGAGCACCCAUUGUCGAUCUUGGUUCAAAAAUGGAACCGUUGAUGGACCAGUUGUAGCCUUACACCCUGGGAGUCGAGUUCAUUACUUUCAUAUGCUGGAUGAACCUCGGUACGAGGAUUAUGUCUGGAAGGGCCAAAUGGCCAACCGGUUCUCUUACUUGGGUAAUGGCUUUUCGACCAAGGAGGGAGAGGGCAAAGACACUGCAUUCUAUUUUGACCACCCGGAGGCGGGUUUUGAGUUUGUAUCACACUGA